ACAAAGUCCUGCGAAUUUCAGUGGAAUAAAUCAUAAACCCCAUUUGCUUUUCUAUUUUUGUUUCUAAGUCCUUUCCGUUGAAACCCAUUACGGGGGAGGUUAAACUUGAAAGGGGUGUUAGAGAUGUGCACGAGGAUUCUGGAAAGGUGCUUCGGAAUUGGCGGCGGGGAUGGGCUGUUGUGGCAUAAGGACUUGAAGCCGCAUGCUUCAGGGGAAUACUCCAUAGCAGUGGUGCAAGCAAAUUCAUCUCUGGAGGACCAGGGUCAGGUCUUCACUUCUCCUUCCGCCACCUACAUCGGCGUUUACGAUGGUCACGGCGGGCCUGAAGCUUCCCGCUUUAUCACCCAACAUUUGUUCCCUUUUCUUCAUAAAUUUGAGUCGGAGCAAGGAGGGUUAUCGGCUGAUGUAAUAAGGAAGGCAUUUGAUACAACGGAAGAGGAGUUCUUGCACUUGGUGAAGCGAUUGUGGCGAGCACGGCCGCAGAUUGCUUCUGUUGGUUCAUGUUGUCUUGUUGGGGUCAUUACUAAUGAUGAUUUAUACGUUGCAAAUCUUGGGGAUUCAAGGGCGGUGCUUGGCCGGAGAGUGUCCGGAAAUCAGACUGAUAAUCAGGUGGUGGCAGAACGGUUGUCUACUGAUCACAAUGUUGCUAUUGAGGAGGUGAGAAGAGAGGUUAAGGCUCUUCAUCCUGAUGAUUCUCACAUUGUAGUGUAUAGUCGCGGAGUUUGGCGGAUUAAGGGUAUAAUUCAGGUCUCGAGAUCGAUUGGAGAUGUAUACCUGAAGAAACCUGAAUUCAACAGGGAUCCUCUAUUUAGGCAGUUUGUAUCACCUGUUUAUUUAAGAAGGCCAGUAAUGACAGCAGAACCGUCCAUAUUGAGUAGGAAGCUGAAACCUCAUGACUUGUUCUUGAUAUUUGCAUCUGAUGGACUUUGGGAGCAAUUAAGUGACGAAGCCGCAGUUGAGAUUGUUAUCAAAAGCCCCCGAGUCGGAAUAGCAAAGCGAUUGGUGAGAGCUGCACUUCAAGAGGCUGCAAGGAAAAGGGAAAUGCGAUAUGAUGACAUAAAGAAAAUUGAAAAGGGAGUAAGACGCCAUUUUCAUGAUGAUAUCACUGUAAUUGUGAUAUAUCUAGAUCAUCCUUUGGGUUCUUCUAAUGGCAGAUUCAGGGCUAAAAGUCUCGCAAGCUGCACGAGUGCACCGGUUGACAUCUCUCUCAAUGCUGGACAAGCUGCUGACACACUUCAAACGGUUGUUUGAACCAAACUACGUACUCCUAGGGCAUGUAUGGUCUGGUAUCAAUAAGCUGCAUAUGGAUUGGUGCAUCCUUCCUUGAAGGCAGGAUAAUUUUUGAAAUAGUGGUCAUUUUAGAAGAUUGUACAUAGUUUUGUUCAUGAACUAUCAAGGAUGCCAAAUUGUAGAAGAUGCAAAGUGCAAAAGACAAUGGUUGGAUGGAGGCAAUUUCCUGUUCUGGUAUGACCUGAUCAACCCUUCAUCUGAAUCAGGGCCAGAACAUUGUCCAUCCACUGGAAACAGGAAUAAAGUAUGAAGGGGCAA